CACACCGUCAGCCGCCAGAGUGCGCUGAACAAUCGACGAAAGACAACAGUUCAUCGGAAUUUUUUUGUGAGAAAAAAUUUUGUUUUUGAUAAGUGUUGAUCUGGUUUUUUAACGAAAAAAAAGACAAUCGUCAAUAUGAUUCCAACUUGUUUAAGAACGUGCAGUGGACAAGCGUCUCGGAGAAAUUACGGGAGCUGGAACGAGAUAGCGUCUUUUUUCAAGAAAAAUAAUUAUGCCACAGAAGUAUCAUUCGAAACGAAACCAUUCCGUUUGCAUAAAUUGGAAAAAGGUCCGUCGACAAAAGUUUCCAUUAAUAAAGAAGAUGCGAUGACGAUGUAUACACAAUUGCACACGAUUAGGAGGCUGGAAACAGCGGCUGGUAAUCUUUAUAAGGAGAAAAUCGUUCGUGGAUUUUGUCAUUUAUACUCGGGUCAGGAAGCUGUUGCCGUUGGAAUAAUGGGAGCUCUUCGAAAAAAUAAGGAUUCGGUUAUUACCGCAUAUCGUGCUCACGGUUGGACUUAUUUAAUGGGUGUUAAACCAGCGGCUGUUUUAGCCGAACUCACAGGCAAACAAAGUGGUUCCUCACAUGGAAAAGGAGGAUCUAUGCAUCUUUAUGCCGAAAGAUUCUACGGAGGAAAUGGUAUUGUCGGCGCUCAGGUACCUCUGGGUGUUGGUGUUGCGUUCGCACACAAAUACAAAAAAGACGGAGGUGUUUGCGUCGCUCUCUAUGGCGACGGUGCUGCGAAUCAAGGGCAAAUAUUCGAGGUUUACAAUAUGGCGAAACUUUGGGACGUUCCAUGCAUUUUUGUUUGUGAAAAUAAUGGCUAUGGAAUGGGAACUAGUGUAGAACGAUCGUCAGCGAGCACUGAGUAUUAUACUCGUGGGGAUUACGUUCCUGGAAUUUGGGUUGAUGGUAUGGACGUUUUGGCAGUACGUGAAGCGACAAGAUUUGCGGUGGAUCAUUGCACUUCUGGAAAAGGACCAAUUGUGAUGGAGACGGCAACUUAUAGGUACAGUGGACACAGUAUGUCCGAUCCUGGAACGAGUUAUCGUACCCGAGAGGAAAUUCAAGAAGUGAGACAAACCCGAGAUCCCAUCACCGGUUUCAAGGACAAAAUUCUCAGCGCCAAUCUCGUCACUGCCGAAGAAUUAAAGAAAGUCGAGACGGAAAUUCGCAAGGAAAUCGAUGAAGCUGUUAAAUUGUCGAAAUCUGAUAAAGAAGCUCCUUUGUCGGAGGUUACAUCUGACGUUUACGCUGAGAAUUUAGAACCAGAAAUUCGCAAUGUCACUCCAUUCAAUCCAUUGAAACACAAUACAACAAGACGUCCAGUCAAUCUUUGAAUGAACAAUUAACUCCAAAGAUUUUAAUUAAAAAAUCGGUGUCUGACUACCGGUUUUUCGAAUUUUUCUAAUACGUGCACCAUCGUGUAUAUUUGACAAGAACCAAAUGAAAAAAACAGAGGAUUUGUAAUAAUAGCCUUAUUCUAGAUCAAUUAUCCGAAUCUCGACCAUUAUUUCCCAAUUUUCUUUUAAUUUCAAAAUUCAAAUUUAAUUUGAAUUCAUUUGAAAUUCAGUUAUUGAAUAAUUAAUUUAAAUUAAAUAAUUAAUAAAAGUAAUUUAAAUUCAAUUUCAUUUCAAAGAAAUUAAGAAACUAAAAUUGGACUUGAGAAAUUGAGUGUCUUAUUGACAAAUCGUAUUCUUAACGAAAACUGAAGAUUUUAAUUCAGAUUUCUUGCAACGAAUAAAAUUGAAAUUUGGACUAAAGUGUCUAAAUUUCAGAAUAUUGUAGUCGAGUUUUCGUUGCUUAGUAGAAGAAAGUAAAAAAGAAAACAAAAACCUCUGCGGAAAUAAUGUUCAAGUUUAGCCAAUUCACUGUUAAUUUAUUUUUAAACAAUUUAGCAAAAUUGUGAUUGCGAAUUCGAUUACUGUAUAAUAUAGACAUACGUAUUGCAGAAGAAUUUCUGUAGCAGGAUAAUAUUUGUCACUGUAAAAUGUAAAAUCGAUUCGUGAACACUUGUUAUGACAUCUUGGUCUUUACGAGAAUAUGCUGUUAAUAUUAUAUAGUUAGCGAAAUAAAAAAAAUUCUUAGAGAA